CCACAGUACUUUUUUGUGCUGAUAGUAUAUUAAGUGGUUUGAAUGACAAGGCAUUAGAAGCCCAGCAUAAGGAGGUGAUAAGGACUUUCCAGAGGGUGUAUGGAGCUCUAUUGGUGAUUUUAUUCCCAGCUCCUGUGUGGCUGUUUUCUUCAGCGGAAGUAAGGAAACAGUUUACUCUCCCACCAAACCUUGGCCAGUACCAUCGACAAAGCCUAAGUACUUCUGGCUUCCCCUCUCUUCAACUACCUCAGUUUUAUGACCCAGUGGAACCAGGGGACUUUGAAGGACUUCUGAUGACACACCUGAACAGCCUGGAUGUGGAGCUUGCUCAGGAGCUGGAUGACUUUGCCCAAGACGACUUGGAUGUGGAGUUCAAACCAAAGGAAUGUCGGACUUUGCAGCCGUCUUUGCCAGAGGAAGGGGUUGAACUGGACCCUCACGUCAGGGACUGUGUUCAGACAUAUGUUCGGGAGUGGCUGAUUGUGAACCAGAAAAACCAAGGAAGUUCGGAGGUUUGCGCCUUUAAAAAGACUGGAUCCCGGAAAGAUUUUCACAAGACGCUGCAGAAACAGACGUUUGAGUCAGAAACCUUGGAGUGCAGUGAACCCAGCGCGCAGGCAGGUCCCCUUCACAUAAAUGUGCUCUGUGAUGUGUCUGGGAAAGGCCCCCUCACUGCCUGUGACUUCACCCUUCGCAACCUGCAGCCAGACCACCGGCUGGAAAACCUUCUGCAACACGUGAAUGCUGAAGACUUUGAGAAGCAGAAUGAAGAAGCCAGGAGGACAAAUCGGCAGGCUGAGCUCUUUGCCCUUUAUCCAUCUGUGGAUGAGGAGGAUGCUGUGGAAAUACGUCCGGUACCAGAAUGCCCUAAGGAACAUCUGGGCAACAGAAUAUUGGUGAAGUUGCUGACCCUGAAGUUUGAGAUUGAAAUUGAGCCUCUGUUUGCCAGCAUUGCCCUCUAUGAUGUUAAAGAAAGGAAAAAGAUCUCAGAAAAUUUUCAUUGUGACCUGAACUCUGACCAGUUCAAAGGAUUCCUGCGUGCUCACACACCCUCUGUUGCCACAUCUAGUCAGGCAAGAUCUGCAGUGUUCUCCGUCACCUACCCAUCCUCAGAUAUCUACCUGGUCAUCAAGAUUGAAAAAGUCCUUCAGCAAGGAGAGAUUGGAGACUGUGCAGAACCCUACAUGGUUAUCAAAGAAAGUGAUGGUGGAAAGAGUAAAGAAAAGGUUGAAAAACUGAAACUUCAGGCUGAAGCCUUCUGUCAGCGUUUGGGGAAAUACCGCAUGCCUUUUGCCUGGGCUACCAUAAGCUUAUCAAGCUUCUUCAAUGUCUCUACCCUGGAAAGGGAGGUAACCGAUGUGGAGUCCAUGGUUGGGAGAAAUUCUGUGGGUGAUCGAAGAACUCUGUCCCAAUCUCGAAGGGCUGCUGAAAGAACUCUCUCCUUGGAGGAAAAUGGGGUUGGAUCCAACUUCAAGGCCACCCCCAUGACCAUAAACAGCUUUUUCAAGCAGGAGGGAGAUCGCCUUAGUGAUGAAGAUGUAUUCAAGUUUUUAGCUGACUACAAAAGAUCUUCAUCCUUACAGAGAAGAGUCAAGUCAAUUCCAGGCUUACUCAGAAUGGAGAUUUCUCCAGCUCCAGAGGUAAUUAGUUGUUGUCUGACUCCUGAAAUGCUGCCAGUGAGACCUUUUCCUGAAAACUGCACACGUCCACACAAAGAAAUUUUAGAAUUCCCAACCCGGGAAGUGUACAUCCCUCAUACUGUGUACAGAAACCUUCUCUACGUCUACCCACAGAGGCUUAACUUUGCUAACAAACUAGCAUCUGCCCGGAACAUUACCAUAAAGAUCCAGUUUAUGUGUGGAGAGGAUGCCAGCUAUGCUAUGCCGGUGAUCUUUGGAAAAUCCAGUGGGCCUGAAUUUCUGCAGGAAGUGUAUACAGCUAUCACAUACCAUAAUAAGUCUCCUGACUUUUAUGAAGAAGUGAAAAUUAAACUCCCUGCCAAGCUCACAGUAAAUCACCACCUCCUGUUCACCUUCUAUCAUAUCAGCUGUCAGCAGAAGCAAGGAGCCUCCGUAGAAAGUCUCGUAGGAUAUUCAUGGCUGCCAAUUCUCUUAAAUGAACGUCUUCAAACAGGAUCCUACUGUCUCCCAGUUGCCUUGGAAAGGCUUCCACCGAACUACUCCAUGCAUUCUGCAGAGAAAGUCCCUCCACAGAAUCCUCCCAUUAAGUGGGCUGAAGGACAUAAGGGAGUAUUUAAUAUUGAAGUGCAAGCUAUUUCUUCUGUUCAUACCCAGGACAAUCACCUGGAGAAGUUCUUCACCCUCUGCCACUCUCUGGAGAGCCAGGUGACCUUCCCCAUCCGUGUGCUGGAUCAGAAAAUCUCUGAGACAAUGCUGGAGCAUGAGCUGAAGCUCAGCAUCAUCUGCCUCAACUCCUCCCGUCUGGAGCCCCUUGUGCUUUUCUUGCACCUGGUUCUGAACAAGCUCUUCCAGCUGUCUGUGCAGCCCAUGGUCAUUGCCGGCCAGACAGCCAAUUUCUCCCAGUUUGCCUUCGAAUCCGUGGUGGCCAUCGCUAACAGUCUGCACAACAGCAAAGAACUGAGCAAAGACCUACACGGGAGGAACUGCUUGUUGGCCUCCUACGUGCACUACGUUUUCCGCCUGCCGGAGGUGCAGAGGGACAUGCCCAAGUCAGGCAGCUCCACCGCUAUCCCUGAGCCCCGCCACCGUACAUUAGGACGCGUGUCUGCUGCCACUGCGAGUUCCAAGCUACUUCAGGCCCGGGUGAUAAGCAGCAGUAAUCCAGACCUUGCAGGGACACACUGUGCAGCAGAUGAGGAGGUGAAGAACAUCAUGUCUUCAAAGAUUGCUGAUCGUAACUGCAACCGGAUGUCUUACUAUAGCUCUGUCAAUAACGAUGUUCCCAGUUCCGCUGCAGUCCCCAGGCCAGUCAGCAAAAAGCAUUUCCAUGAAGAACUUGCCCUGCAGAUGGUGGUCAGCACUGGAAUGGUGAGAGAAACGGUCUUCAAGUAUGCCUGGUUCUUCUUUGAGCUUCUGGUGAAAAGCAUGGCCCAGUAUGUACAUAACAUGGAUAAACAGGACCAUUCUCGGAAGACACGUUUUUCCGACCGUUUCCAAGAUGACAUAAGGACUAUUGUUAAUGUGGUCACCUCGGAGAUUGCAGCCCUUUUAAUAAAACCUCAGAAGGAAAAUGAACAGGCAGAGAAGAUGAACAUCAGUCUGGCUUUCUUUUUGUAUGACCUUCUCUCACUCAUGGAUCGUGGCUUUGUGUUUGACCUCAUCAAACAUUAUUGCAGCCAGCUGUCAGCCAAGCUUAACAACCUUCCAACGCUCAUUUCCAUGAGGCUAGAGUUCCUGAGAAUUCUCUGCAGUCAUGAGCAUUACCUCAAUCUGAACCUCUUCUUUAUGAACGCUGAUACUGCUCCAGUAUCUCCCUGUCCCUCCAUAUCUUCUCAGAACUCCAGUUCCUGCUCCAGUUUCCAGGACCAAAAGAUUGCCAACAUGUUUGAUCUGACUUCUGAUUACCGCCAGCAGCACUUUCUCACUGGACUUCUCUUUACUGAACUAUCUGCUGCCCUGGAUUCUGAAGGGGAAGGGAUGAGCAAAGUGCAAAGGAAAGCCGUCAGUGCCAUCCAGAGCUUGCUGAGUACUCAUGACCUGGACCCACGUUGUGCCAAACCAGAGGUGAAGGUCAAAAUUGCUGCCCUUUACCUGCCUUUGGUUGGCAUCAUUUUGGAUGCUUUGCCACAGCUGUAUGACUUUACAGCAGUAGAUGCCCGUAGUGGGAAAAAUCGCACCAAUGGCUCCGAUGAAGAAGAAGGGAGUAGUGCAAUUAACCAGAAUGUGGCAUUGGCCAUCGCUGGCAAUCAUUUUAACUUGAAAACAAGUGGAGCAAUGGUGUCUUCCUUGCCCUACAAGCAGUACAACAUGCUGAAUGCUGACACCACCAGAAACCUCAUGAUCUGCUUCCUCUGGAUCAUGAAAAAUGCAGACCAGACCCUCAUUAGGAAGUGGAUUGCUGACCUGCCGUCAAUGCAACUAAACAGGAUUUUAGAUCUCCUUUUCAUCUGUGUCUCAUGUUUUGAGUACAAGGGAAAACAGAGUUCUGACAAAGUCAGUACCCAAGUCCUGCAGAAGUCACGGGAUGCCAAGGCCAGGCUGGAAGAGGCCCUGCUCCGCGGGGAAGGGGCCAGAGGGGAGAUGAUGCGGCGCUGCCGGGCUCCAGGGAAUGACCGAUUUCCAGGCCUAAAUGAAAAUUUGAGAUGGAAGAAAGAGCAGACACAUUGGCGGCAAGCUAACGAGAAACUAGAUAAAACAAAGGCAGAGUUAGAUCAAGAAGCCUUGAUCAGUGGUAAUCUGGCUACAGAAGCAAAUUUAAUCAUCCUGGAUAUGCAGGAAAACAUUAUCCAGGCAAGUUCUGCUCUGGACUGUAAAGACAGCCUGCUGGGAGGUGUCCUAAGGGUCCUGGUGAAUUCUCUGAGCUGUGAUCAGAGCACCACCUACCUGACUCACUGCUUCGCGACUCUCCGAGCUCUUAUUGCCAAGUUUGGAGACUUGCUGUUUGAGGAGGAGGUGGAGCAGUGUGCAGACCUGUGCCAGCGAGUGCUGCACCACUGCAGCAGCAGCAUGGAUGUCACCCGGAGCCAAGCCUGUGCAACCCUUUAUCUCCUGAUGAGAUUCAGCUUUGGAGCCACCACUCAGAAUUUUGCAAGAGUAAAGAUGCAGGUAACCAUGUCUCUGGCAUCUUUAGUGGGCAAAGCACCAGAUUUUAAUGAGGAACACCUCAGAAAAUCCUUGAGGACAAUUUUGGCCUACGCAGAGGAAGACACAGCCAUGCAGACCACACCUUUCCCCGCCCAGAUAGAAGAACUUCUCUGCAAUCUGAAUAGCAUCUUAUAUGACACAGUGAAAAUGAGGGAAUUUCAGGAAGAUCCUGAAAUGCUUAUGGAUCUCAUGUACAGAAUUGCUAAGAGUUACCAGACAUCUCCUGAUCUGCGGCUGACCUGGCUCCAGAACAUGGCAGAGAAACAUACCAAGAAGAAGUGCUACACAGAGGCCGCCAUGUGCCUGGUACACGCAGCUGCCUUAGUGGCAGAGUAUCUGAGUAUGCUGGAGGACCACAGCUACCUGCCCGUGGGUAGCGUCAGCUUCCAGAAUAUCUCUUCCAAUGUGCUUGAGGAGUCUGCGGUCUCUGACGACACCCUGUCACCAGAUGAGGACGGUGUGUGCUCGGGGCGGUACUUUACUGAGAACGGCCUGGUGGUCCUCCUGGAACAGGCGGUGGAGCUCUUCAGCAUGGGAGGAUUGUACGAGACAGUUAACGAGGUCUACAAGCUGGUCAUCCCCAUUCUGGAAGCACAUCGAGAUUUUCAGAAGCUGACUUCUACCCAUGACAAGCUGCAGAAGGCCUUCGACAGCAUCAUCAGCAAGGGUCACAAGAGAAUGUUUGGAACCUACUUUCGAGUGGGUUUCUAUGGAUCCAAAUUUGGGGAUUUAGAUGAGCAAGAAUAUGUUUACAAAGAACCUGCAAUUACCAAGCUUCCUGAGAUCUCUCAUAGGUUAGAGGGGUUUUAUGGUCAAUGUUUUGGUGCAGAAUUUGUGGAAGUAAUAAAAGACUCUGCUCCUGUGGACAAAACCAAGUUGGAUCCUAACAAGGCCUACAUACAAAUCACGUUCGUGGAGCCCUACUUUGACGAGUAUGAGAUGAAAGACAGGGUAACCUACUUUGAGAAGAAUUUCAAUCUGCGGAGGUUCAUGUACACCACCCCCUUCACCCUGGAGGGGCGUCCCCGGGGAGAGCUGCACGAGCAGUACCGGCGGAACACGGUGCUGACCACCAAACACGCCUUCCCCUACAUCAAGACCAGGAUCAUCGUCAUCCAGAAGGAGGAGUUUGUUUUGACACCAAUUGAAGUUGCCAUUGAAGACAUGAAGAAGAAGACCCUGCAGUUAGCAGUUGCCAUUAACCAGGAGCCCCCUGAUGCUAAGAUGCUUCAGAUGGUGCUACAAGGUUCUGUUGGAGCAACUGUGAAUCAGGGACCACUGGAAGUAGCCCAAGUGUUUCUGGACAAAAUUCCAGCUGAUCCAAAACUCUAUCGGCAUCACAACAAGUUGAGAUUAUGUUUUAAGGAAUUCAUAAUGCGAUGUGGUGAAGCUGUAGAGAAAAACAAGCGUCUUAUCGCAGCAGACCAGAGAGAAUACCAGCAGGAACUCAAAAAGAACUACAACAAGCUUAAAGAGAACCUCAGGCCAAUGAUCGAGCGGAAAAUCCCAGAACUGUACAAGCCAAUAUUCAGAGUUGAAAGUCAAAAGAGAGACUCCUUCCACAGAUCUAGUUUCAAGAAAAGUGAGACCCAGUUGUCACAGGGCAGCUAAGGAAAGCUGUCUUCAAUCAUAGACUCACCCUGGAGAAGGACUCACUGGCACUUAAAGGAUAUUUGCCAUGCAGAACAGAUGCCAGACGCCCUGACCAGACAGCACUCUGCAAGCUUUGAGAUCCAAGUGCCCAAGAGAAUUACACCCAAAUAAAAUCUGUGGCCAGAUUGUGACCAUACUGGGGGCUGGGCAUGGUGGCAGAUGAUUAAUCUGGGAACGGGAGGGAUGUUUGUGUAUUUAUUAAAGCUUUUUUUUAUACAAUAUUACUCAAAAGAAGGCAUAAAUCCUAUCUCCUGCUGAGGGGGCAGUCACUGUCUGCCUGAGAGAUGACUUCUGCUGGUCCUUAUUUGGAUUUACAAGAUAAACCCAAAUUGUCUGAGGAAAAAUUGAGCAAUUGUCCACCAGCCUAUUCAAAGUGAACCACAUUCAUCCCCAUUUUACAGGAAAGGAGGUGAGCUGA